CUAGGAUUUUGCUUUUGAAAGCGAUUCAACAUUUCUGCUAUAAGGCAUGAUGGUGGAAUCAAGUGAGUAUCCAGUUCGUCCUGGUACAAAAGAUUGUCAGUUUUAUCUAAGAACUGGUAGAUGCGGCUACGGCGAAAAUUGUUGCUACAAUCACCCAAAGGAGAUACCAACAGGGGAGAUUAAUAUGCCAAAGUGUAAGUUUUUUCUGAGAGGAAAAUGUAAGAACGGCUCACAUUGUGAUUUUGAUCACUCAAAGGAAGGGGAUGGUGCAGAACAUACGCGUCAGGGCCAGAAAAGAUACAAAACUGAGUCAACGUCAAGGUCAAGUCCAAGUCCAGAGAAGAGGAAACAUAGGCAGGAAGAUAUUGACAAGCAGAGUACAGAGGCUGAAGACAUUCUGCAGGGAGAAAAAUUGAGGGAGAUGCAAGAGAAUGAUAAUGAUCAACAGAAACUAGUGGAACAGAGAAAGAGAGAUAUUGAGAGGCAGAGGAGAGAUGCUCGUUUGAGUCUUGAGCAGAAACAUGACGAUGUUGAGAAGUUUAGAUCCAUCAUUUCACAUAUGGGACAUUACUCAGAAAUAGCAGAGAAAUCAGUGGAAAUAUUUGUCUCAGCUAUAUCAUCUUCUAGAUAUUCUGGGUCUGGCUCUCGCGCUAGUUGUCUGAGUGCACCUCUCAAAGAUAUCCAUAACACUUGUUCUCUUCCUAAACUAAACAUCAGCAAGUUUGGUUAUGCAUCAAGCAGUUUGACAAAGUCAAGGAAAUUGUCAAUUUGGGAGCUCAGAUUUAGUGGAGGUGAUUGCGGGUUUUUUCAAUGGUUCGAUGAGGGAGAAGCUUUUGGAUGGCAAAAGAAAGCUUUGAUUGAAGCUAGAAACGAAAUUUGCCAGAAGGACAAGACUAUUAUGGGAUUGAAGAAGACCAUUUCGAUGCUUCAAAGUGAAUUGGCCAAAAAUGCCAAAGUGGAAGAAGACAUCAUUAACACCUUUCUCAAGCUCUAA